AUGACAAGUGACAGCACCGACGAUAUCAAUGUCGGCGUUGCACUCAGUACCGCUCUACUUCUCCCCGGUGACCUGGAGCGGAACGUCCAGUAUAGCGAGUAUGAGAACUAUGCCUUAAUGUUACAGCACCCUGUUCAGGUAAAACGUCUUCUACUUGAUAAAGGUGAAGGUGGAGGGAGUAGUGGGGGAUGUGGCGAUGGCGAUAUUUGUGGUGAUGGUAUUGGUUACUAUGGUGCAAAUGGAGGUGCUAGUGGUAGGUUGGUGGAAGUGGUAAUAGUAGUAGUGGUGGUGGUGGUGGUAGUUGGAGGUUACAUUAGUGGUGGUGGUAGUAGUAGUAGUGGCAAUGGUGGUAAUAAUGGUGUUGGUGGCGACGAUAGUGGCGAUAGUUGUAGCACUAGUGGUGGAGGUGAUGGUGAACAUGGCAUCAAUAGAGAUAAUGAUAGGUGA